AUUUUGAGAGGGAAAAAAUGUCACUCCUCUGGUACAAAAUAACAUGCAAGAAAAUAGGAAAACAACGCAAGAAUGUGGUCUACAAGAGAGGAUCCAAAGAAGCUACUAGCCAAACAACGACGAUCUAAUUCUUUGAUCCAUCCCAACUCCAAUCCCAUUUUUCCUAGUGUUUUAUCCUAUCAUAACCAACCUCUUUUGUGGUCAAUGAAUGAAAAUAUACAGGUCACGAAGCUAUUCUGUUCUGGCCUUUUCAUUUGAUGUUUAUUUUUUCUCUCACUUUUGUUUUCACUUCAUCUUCUGGGUUGAAAAUGAGAUGAAUCAUUCUUCUUUUAAAUCCAUUUUCCUAAAUUAAUACCUGAAAUGUGGAGAUUUUCAGAUGCUUAGUUUUGUACAAUUGCAUUACACAGCAUUGAAACUUGUACCUUGAAGAUUUGAGGCCAGGUUCUCCUGAAUUUCAAAAUGGCAAUCAGUGGAAAGGAUAUUCAAGAUUGUAUGCUAGAAUUUGCCAGAAUUUCAUUGGCAUUUUCUCUAACUUGUGUGAAAAAUCAUCCCUUUGUAGCAUCUACUCUAACAUUCCUUCUGUUUCUCUAUGUAUGCUUUUCAUGGCUCUUUUGGUUGAUCAUAUAUUUAGCCAGUUUCUUCUCCCUGGCCGCUUCGGUCGCCAAGAUCUAUUUCAGUGUUAGGAAUGCGAAAAUUUUCAAAGGAUUCAAUGAGAAGAAUAAUGAUUUGAAAUCGUUUAGCACGAGAAGACUCGUGAGGAAUGACGCGAAUGCGCGAUCUGUUAGACGAAGAAGAUCCAAGGAGCCCUUCAGGGAUGAAUCUUUGGAAACCAGCGAGGAGGAGAGAAGCACAGGUUUUUCAUCAAGUAUUAACAAUGUUGUCACGGUCGAUAAAACUGCCUUAAUUGAAGAAUACCCGAAAGAGAUUCGAGAGGUGCAAGUGGAUUCCGUUACAAGAUCUCGCGGCGAAGGCCCUACGUUGAAGUCAUUGAAACGUUGGAGGGCUAAGAGAGCUGGUCACGGAAAAGGAGACAGGGAAUCAGAGAGUUCAGAAAGCACAGAAGAUGAUGAAUGUGAUAAGAAGGCGGUGCAAUGGAGUGAGGAUGAUCAGAAGAAUUUGAUGGAUCUUGGGCUUUCUGAGAUUGAAAGAAACAAGAGAUUAGAAAGCUUAAUUGCGAGAAGAAGAGCUAGAAAAUUGCUAAGUCUUCAGGUCAGGAGGACAUUGAUGAACAUGGAUAGAAAUGAACCUUAUGCUCGAGUUAAUCCAAUUGUGGUACCAAAAAACCACCAUUUUCCUGGAAAUCAUUCACCUGGACAAUUUUCUCCAGUGCCUGGAUCAGCUCCAUCUGUCUUGAUACCGAGGGAUAAUCCGUUUGACCUUCCUUAUGAUCCACAUGAAGAGAAACCUAUUCUUACAGGUGGUAGUUUUCAUCAAGACUUCUUGCCUGUACUCCAGAAAGAUAUGUUUUGUAGGCAUGAGAGCUUUAGCUUAGGGCCUUUCUUCCCCGGAGAAAUCGAUGAGGAUGAUCAGGGAGAAGCGCCUCGUUUUCAUUUUCAGGAUAUUGCAUCCAAGCAGAGGAGUUUUGAAAGCUGGGGAGACUCCAAACUAGAAAACCAAUUAGAUAGAAAAGAUGUGGACAAGAUAAUUGAAGUUGAAUCAUCCCAACCACCUGAGCCUGAAUCAGAAUUUGACAAAGAUUAUGUUGAUGAUCAGGAUGCCCAGAGCCCUGAACCGAGAAUGGACUCAAAUUCCAGUCAUCAGGAAGAAAACAAUGAAGAAGUCCAAACAAAGAUGAUGCUGAUUGAUGAUUCCAGCGGGCACCCGAGUUCUGCAUCGUCGUCAGAACUGGAUGAACCAUACUCCAGAUUAGACAAAACUACAAUCUUGGAAUCCCUAGCGCCUCGGCUGCAGCGAAACAUUUCUGCAAAGAGGGACAGCAGAAGCGAGACAGAUCAGGACACGGCUGAUCCUGGGCCGUCUACUCUUCUUGACAAGGACAAAGUUAAAGACCGCCCCUUUUGGACUCACAAAGGAAUGCAUCACAAACCUUCAUUUUCCAUUGCUUCUGACUUACAGGUUGAAGUUUCUGAAAUCAGUUCGCCUCCGCUAACAUUUGAUGGGAGCUUUUCAUCCUAUGAUGAAGAAGGGAACAUGGAAAGAGGAGUCAUAUGUAGUGGUGAAGAUAGAUGGGCUCCAUCCCCUCCUAUGUCAGAUGGAGAUGAAAAUGAGUUGAGAUUAAGAGACAUACAUGAAGUCACAGAAAACAAUCCUAUUGAGAUUGGAUUUUCAGGUACUCCAAAUCCUAAGGAUCCUGUUGGCAAACUCGAAAUCAAUGAGGAGAUGAUCGAAGAUGUUGGUACUAGUCUGCGUUCACAGUCAAAUUCGGCGACUGAUUUAACGAAUUUGAACGAAAACCAAACAACAAAUCCCAACUCUCGGGUUGAAGAAAAGUUUCAGAUGUCUACUGGUUCUAGUUCUUCACAUGAAAUCCCAUCUAAACCUCCGGCUUAUCCCGCAUCUAGGUUAACAGCAGAACAAAUAGCGCAGCGUCCGAAUUCUGAUCCUGAUAGACCUGAGUUUUCCAGAUCCUUAGACAACUUGCAAGGCGAAUUUCGCAGCGAAUACAAUGCAAAUUAUUCUAAUUUCCUUCAAAGACUAAAUACCAACAACUUAGUCAUUGAUGAAAAAGAUGCCGGUUCUGAUUCGUUGUUGCGAGAAGGUGGAAGGCCUCAAAAAGAUUGGUCAAUGACAAGCAGUCCAACAUCCAUUGGGUAUCCUGAAAGCCAGUUUGAUCAAAUAGAAGAGCAUCGCAACAUGUUUGAGUAUUAUCAACCAGCUGGAGAAAAUCAUAAUCCCAGCAAUUCUGAUGAUUUUGGAGAGGAAUCUAUAAGUUUGCCACAACAAGAGACAAUGGAUGAUUCAAUUCCAGUUGAUCAGGAACAAAACCUUCAAGAAUCAAUUCCAGAUGAUGAUGAUGAACAACCUGACCAGCGGAUAACAACAGAUGAUCAAGUAUAUCCAGCAGUCAGUGAGAGUUUACGCAGUCGCCGGGUAGCGGAAUUGCUGCCACACUUGAUAGUUCAACAAUUACCCUUUGCUUCGAUUCCAACUUCCUCCCCAUCUCCUAGGUCAGUGUUACAACCAAAGUUCUCCAUAGAUCAGAGGACUUUAUCGAACUUUUCCGAGGAUAUGCACGCCGAAAUUCAGCAUUUUAACGAACAGGUUGCGGAAAAUGAUGCACCCCAAGAACCAAGUGGUGAUCUUUUCAUUUACAACUAUCAGACUCAAAAUACAACAUCAACUGAAGAAACCAAAAUUACUGAAAGUGCUAGUGAACCGACUCAAGGCAAUACAGAGAGCUUGACAAUCCCUGAAUCAACAGCAGUUCCGCCGGAAACAGAGGAAGCAAGUUGCAGAGUCCCAGAAGAGAAUGAUGAAAUGACAAAAAAAAUUCUUGAAGAAGAACCAGCUAGAGAAAACAUUGAAAGUUCAGGUUCCAACAAUACAGAAAUUCAGCUGAUACCAGAGGAAGAAAAGGGUUACAGAAUUUCAGAACAAAAGUACGAAUCCGAACUCGAGAAACAACAACUGCCAAAACCAGAUUAUGAAACCAAAUCAGGGUUCAAUGAGCAUUUUCAGUCAGUAUCAGGAAUCAAUAACACGGAUGAAGUCAAGGAAGUUGAUCCAGGAGUAAAAGGGGCUGAAGAAAUCAGCCCUGAAAACCACAUUGCUGGCUUAAUGACACAGGAGAUUACAGAAUCUUCUUCCCUCGAGGGUGAUUGAAGGAAGCCAUGGAAAAUUUCAGGACAGACCGAAAUGAUAGCUUGAAAGCAGAUUGACAAAAUUGUUUUAUAAGGAAUAAAAAGAGGCUUGAUCAAAGCCCGUUAUCCUUAUAAAAAAUAAAUUUGGAAGACUAACGAAAUCAGGAGGUUUUAGAUUAGGAAGAAAUAUUGGGCACCCCUUAGCUUGUUGUCGUACAUCGAAGGGGAGCCCUUCUAGAAAUGUCAAUGUAAUUAUUGUAAUUUUACUGCGAAAUUAAAGAUAAUUGUUUUAUGACUUGUUCCUAUCCAAACAUUGAGGCUCAUUUGUCUGAUGGAUUUGGUAUAUUUUUUCCUUAUGAAUUUCGGAUUCAUUUUGAAUAUUUGGCUG